AUGUCGCGCCUUCGCCCUUUCAAAUGCACCGACCUCUUCCACUUCAACCGAGUCAAUCUAGACCACUUUACCGAGACCUACUCCACCGCCUACUACCUCAACUAUCUAGCCACCUGGCCUGAUCUCUGCUUCGUCUCCACUCACGCCUCAUGCUCAGAGUCGACUGCGAGCUCUGAUGGCGCAGUAGGAAGAGCAGGAGGCGGCGAUACGCAAAUCAUGGGGUACCUCUUUGGUAAGGCUGAAGGAAUAGACGGGGCUGGAGGGACCAAGGAGAAGGAGAGACAUGGACAUGUCACGGCAGUCACUGUUGGCCCUGAAUUUCGACGGUUAGGUCUAGCGAGGGAGCUGAUGGGUCUGCUGGAGGAGGCCAGUAGCCUGAUGUAUAGUGCCUACUUCAUAGACCUCUUCGUCCGUCCUUCGAAUGCAUUAGCUGUGGGACUAUAUCAGAGUUUAGAUUAUGCUGUGCACAGGGUAGUCAAGGAGUACUAUCAGGGAGGUGGGCCGGGCGGGUCAGACGAGGAUGGAUAUGACAUGCGCAAGGCACUUCCGAGAGAUACAAAACGAGAGACUGUAAGAGAGAGCAGUAAAGGCAUGAAAGUCUUCGUUGAGCAGUAG